AUGGAUCCUCCAAAGAAACCUUCUUGUUCCUGGGGCCUUCAAAUUCCAAAACGCCGUAAAUAUGAUAAUGUGAUUUUCAAGGACGCUUUUGAAGACGAAAAACCUUUACCCAUUGCGUCGCUAAAUGUACACAAACCCUCAGUCCCUUCCAUUAGAGCAACAAAUGUUGAAACUUUGAAACAACAGGCUUUGAAGGAAGAUCCACUGAAGCCUCGAUAUAUGGAGAGUAUUCUCAAACGGGCUCAAGAGCGAAUGAUUGAGCGAGAAAGAUCGACAUUUAUUCGAGCACAAAAGGAAAUAAAAAAGCAACAAUCUGUUCUGGAAGAUAAAGAACAGUUUGUCACGCCUGCAUACAAAAAAAGAUUGGAAGAGAUAUCGAAACUGGAAGAUAAGCUUGAAAAAGAGCGCUUGGAAUCUUCUUCUUCUUCUUCCAAAAAGUCUCUAUCCAUGCAUCAAUUUUGCAAAGAGCUUUUGGACAAGGAUUAUCGACGGCGGUAG